AUGUCUGGUUCUACCGAUAACAGAAAGCUCCUCGAGCAGCUCCAGAAGCUCUCUUUCCAGCACGAGCUGGAGCAGGCUUCGAUGGCUGGUUCUGCGGCCUCCCAGAUGGCUGAGCCUGUCUACGGCCUCCAGAACCUGUCUGUCUCGGCUAGCAAGUCGCCUGACUUCUCUUCGGCCUCGUCCGAGGAUCGCGACCCUGAGCGCGGCGGUGGUGUCCGCCUGGACGUGUCUUCCCUUCGCGGAAGCCCCAACAGCUUGGCUCGCCGCUCCGAGGCCGUUGGCAAGGCUCUGCGCCCUACCAUGUCGGCUACUGCUACCUUGUCUGUUCACGCCCAGAAGGGCCCUGCUCAGGACGACGGUGAUGUCUUCAAUGACAGCUCCGCCGACGACAAGCCCCUUGGCAUGUCUUCCUCUGCCUACAAGCUCAACCAGAGCCACAUUCAGCAGGCCGGCUUCAAGGGCAAAGACGUCGUUCGUCGCAACUACGACGAGGGCUCUCCCACGAAGCCCCGCUCUGCCAGCAACAAGCUCGUUGACCCUCAGGCUACUUGGCCUGCAACUGCUUGCAUCUUCGUUGCCAACCUCCCUGAGCAUCGUGAGGACUACACUCUCGAGGCUGCAGUCACCAAGGAGUUCCAGCGCUUCGGCGUCGUCUUUGUCAAGAUUCGUCGCGACACCAACGGAAUGCCAUUCGCUUUCGUUCAGUUCACCAAUGACGAGAACGCCAACGAGGCCCGCAUCGAGGGCAAGGGUGCCAUGAUCCUUGGCCGUCCUUGCCGCACCGAGACUGUGCGCGCCAACCGCACUUACAUCAUUUACCGUCGCAACCGCACUGCGAUCACCGUCGAGGAGGCCAACGAGCUGCUCACUCCCUUCGGCGAUCUCGAGACCGCUCGCUUCCUCGACGACGAGAUCCAGCAGCAGAUGCGUCUGCCCGUUACGAUCCGCGUCCAGUUCAAGGAGUUCGACUCUACCCAGCAGGUCCUCAAGGCCUUCCGCCUGAACAGAGUCUACCAUGUCGAGGCCUACGACUUCAAGAAGGCUAUGCAGGCCAGGUCUCGCAACCCUGAGCGCGUGUACCUCGACACCUACGACCGCGACCGUCGUUCCAUCUUUAUUGGCGACUUGCCUCUCAACUUCACCGAGAGCGACAUUCGCAUUCUCAUGGAGGACGUUGGCAGCGUCGUCUCCGUUCAGGUCAAGCGCCUUGAUUACCACCGUGAGGGCCCCAAGCUCAUCGCUUUCGUCGAGUUCACCAACCCGACCGUCCCUGAGAUGGCCAUUGAACGCUAUCAUAACAACAAUAUCCAGGGCUACUACAUCCGCGUCGAGCGUCGCACCAACCAGAACCGUCGUGGUGUCUCCAACACCCCUGGCCGCUUCCAUGGCAACGGCUUCAACGGCGCUGGCCCUUCCAACAUGGGCGGCAGAGCCCCUUCUACUCCCGCUCGCGAGCAGCGUGGUCCUCUGGCUAUCGAGGCCGGUUCCAGCUUUAACCAGGAGGCUGUCCAGAACACUCCCGUUCGCCAGACUCCUCUCCGCAACGAGAUGCACUCUGGCAUGGCCCAGACUCAGAACGUCAUGCAGCCCACCGUUGUUCAGACCCCUCAGCACCAGAACGGCAUGCAAGUCCAGCACGUUCAGCAGAUGCCUGCCCAGACCCAGCAGCAGGUUGGCCCCGUCCUGAACCAGGUUCCUAACCAGGUCCAGAACUAUGUUGCCCAGCAGGUUCCUGCUCAGGUCCAGGUCCCCGUUCAGGGACAGAUGCAGUUCAACAUGGCUCCCCCCAUGGGUCCUCAUCCUCAGCAGCAGCACAUGGGCACUCCCAUGGGCCAUCACCCUCACCAGCAGAUGGGCCCUCCCCCCGUUCCUCAGAUGAACACCCCCAUGAUGCCCCAGUCUGGCUCCUACAUAGGCACUCCCUUCUCCCAGGGUCCCUUCUCUCAGGGUCCUGGCUCGGCCUAUGGCUUUAUGACUCCUCAGCCUUCCCCUGGCGCUCCCUUCUGGGGCUACGGUCACGGAACUCCUCUUUGGACCCCGUUCCCCGUCGACCCUGCCGCCUUCAUGGCCUUCACCAGCCCUGUUCCCCCCGCUCGUUCCAACGGCGUCGCUCCCGCUGGUCCCCAGCUCGAGGCCAACCAGGUCACCCAAUCUGAGCCUGUCAUGACUGACAACAGCAUCACCCAGGCUUAG